AUGGCACCCAGAGCCUGCGAAUGCCCCCCAGAGAGAGUGGAGGCCCCGUGGGUGUUGGCCCAUAGCGCCCCCUGCAAAGCAUCCCCUUCUCAGCUCGGCAGGCGUUGGGGUCCUGGCUGGGACAUCCUCAAGGUCAGGAUGGGUAGGAUCCUGCCCAGACGAGCUUUGCCUGUUCUGUCUGGGCCCCCUGGACUGCAGCUCCCAUCAGCCGCAGCAUCAGAGGCUUGUUCUGGCCCCAGAGCUGGAGCCUCCCAGGCUCUGAAGGACACCGGGUUGGCCAAGGGCUGGUCUAGGGCGCAGGGCUCUCUGCAAAGGGCAGGCAUCCCUCCCCUUUUGAUUUGCAGAGGCUCCGCUUUCCCCCUUCCUUCCUCUUAA